AAUCGUUAUCGAACCGUUUGUUUACGCACGUGUUGUGUUUAACUUUUUUGUAGUUUUAAUUUGUAUUUCAACGCACAGAGAGCGGACAGAAAAUGGACAGCGAGGGCGACGACUACGAGCUGACCGGCUCCGAGCAGGAGUACGAUGACGAGGAGCGCGAGAUACUCGAGGAUCUGCGCAAACAGCGCAAAAAGCAACAGGAUCCCGUCCAAGAAGUGCUCGGUUUCAGUGAAGAUGACGACGAGGACGCGGAGGAGGACAAUGUGGCGGAACUGAUGCGGGACAGCGACAUCGAGGGGGCCGAGGACGAUGACCGCGAUCUGCCCAACACAAUGGACUGGGGCAGCAAACGGAGCACCUACUACAACACGGACUUUGUGGAUCAGGACUACAGCAGCUACAAUGCCCAGGAGGAGGAGCAGGCCCUCGCCGAGGAGGAGGAGGCCAAGAAGAUACAGUUGCGCCUGGCCAAGCGGCUGAGCGAGGCCGAUUUCCAGCUGGACGAUGUCCAAGCUCCAUCCGCAGCCAGCAGUGACGACGAGCAGGUGGCGGGCGAGAUAACCAAAGUGACCACCGACCUGACCGGCCUGACGGCCCGCGAGCGACGUCAACUGCUGCACAAGGACUCGCCGGAGUUCAUCGGCCUCACCCAGGACUUUCAGCAGCAUCUGGACGAGGUGAAGGAUCUAAUUACACCGGUGCUCAAUUACGUGCGCAAUCACGAUGUACCCGUGGUGCCGGCCCUGCAGUACGCCAGCCUCUUUCACACCGUGCUCACCACCUACUGCUCCAAUGUGGCGUUCUAUCUGCUCCUAAAGGCGCGCCGCAGCAGCGUCAAGUUCCAUCCGGUGGUCAAGCGGCUGGUGCAGCUGAAGCAGCUGCUCGAGCAACUGAAGCCACGCUACGAGGAGUACAUUAGGCCGCAGCUGGAGGCGCUGCUGGAGCGGAUACAGGAUGGCGAUGCAUUCACUGUGCUGGAUGUGGCGCAGCGCAAGGCCAAGCUGCAGAUCCUCAACAAGUACAACGGUGGGCAGCAGGCCGAUGUGAGCUCCGAUGAUGAUGACGAUGAUAGUAAGGCGAAGGAUCUGGCUAAGCAGCUGAACGAAGAGGAUGGGGAGGAGGAUGAGGCGGCGGAGGAGGAUGAAGAGGAUGAGGAGAACGCGCGACGCGGCAUCACCUACCAGAUGGCGAAGAACAAGGGCCUCACGCCGCACCGCAAGAAGGAGCUGCGCAAUCCGCGGGUCAAGCAUCGCGGCAAAUACCGCAAGGCGCUCAUCCGGCGCAAGGGAGCCGUGCGCACGGUGCGCAAGGAGCUGCAGCGCUACGGCGGCGAGAUGUCCGGCAUCAAGGCCACCGUCACGAAGAGCGUCAAGUUCCGCACCUAGUUGUUAUCCAAUAAAUACGCCAGAUCAUUCAUUUGCUUUAAUCAACUCAA